UUCAUAGUUAUCUAUUUUAGAGAAUCCUUUAUUUAUUCUUUUAUUAUUUAAAAUAUAUAUGAUAUAAUAAUUACUCUUUAUGUAUUGUACCUCCUUUAUGAGAAUAGUAUAAAUUAAACAUUACAUAAAUCAAUAUAAAAUAACACUGUACUUAUUUGCAUCCAUUUUUAAAAGUUAGUUGGUUAUGGUAAGGUAGCAUGAAAACAUACCUUUCAUGUUUGAUCCGACAAAUAACACUAGAAAAAGAUAUAAAGUAACUUUUUGAUUUAAAAGAAUCGAUUAUAAAAAAAAAUAUUAAAAAAGUAUAAAGUGGUUAUAUCUCAAUGGAUUCUUACCAAUUUCGUUAUCUACCUAAUACAGGUUAAUGCGUCACAAAUCGUUUGCUGCAAUACGAUCUUUAAUUUUUUUAAUUGGUGAAAUCGUAAAAAGUUAAGAUAUAUAUCUUCGAAAAUUCGGAUAAUUAUAUUUACAAGAAAUCAAAUCAGUGACAUACAAUGAGUUCAGAUAAUGAAGAAUUAAUGUUGACAAACGAAGAAGAUGAUCUUCUUGAUGAAAUAUUAUGUAUGAAUACAAAUUUAAAACCACAUGCACAAUCGAAAAAACAUAUAAAAAUAGAAGAUAAAUCAACGAAUGAAAAGAAUUGUAUAAAUGAACCUGAAUGUCAAACAAAAGAAUUAAAAAUUCAUAAUGCUUCACAAACUAAAAAAAAUUCAAAUAGUGGAGAAUGCCCUAAAUAUAAAAGCAGUGAACAAUCUAGCAAAUAUGAGGAUAAUGCUGCAUCAAUUCAGCAAAAUGUAAACAAAAGGCCAAGAGAUACGUCAACAUUAGAUACACGAAAUCCUAAAAUCUCAUGUCUUAGACAUCGUGAUGAUUCAAGUUCUACAACUAAAAAUACAAAAUUACAUUCAGGAGAAAACAAUAAAAAACACGUAGAAUAUGAAACUGAUCCUACAAUACUUGCACGCAGACAAAAAGAAAUAGAUUAUGGAAAGAAUACUAUUGGAUAUGAUCGAUACAUUCAAACUAUUCCUAAAGAGCAACGUACAAGAGAACAUCCAAGAACUCCUCCAAAAUACAUUAAAUAUAGCAGAAGAGGAUGGGAUGGAAUGAUUAAAUUAUGGAGGAAACAGCUUCACAAUUGGGAUCCUCCACAGGAAAAUGAAAGUAAUGAUAGUUAAUAAAAUUGGUCAUUUUUAUAAGAAUACAAUAGAAAUAAGAUAUUGAAAUAUAAUUAAAACAGUAUUAUGUUAUGAUAACUUAUGAAACUAUAUACAAAAUUGUUCAUAAAUAUUGUCAUUUUAACUUAAUUUCAAGCUUCUCAAGUAUAGCAUCUAAUUUUCGAUUAAUAUUCUGUUCAAUUUCAUUUAAUCUAUGCAUAGUUCUUGUUUCCAUUUCAUGAAACUUGUUAUUAAUAUAUGUUUCAAUGUUUGUAAUUUCUACAUUUUUACAAUCACCUUUGCAAUUAAGAUCCAAUUUUUUGGUCUCUUCAAUUACAUUUUUAUUAUUAUUUUGAACUUGUGAAGUGUUGGAAAUAAUAGUCAUAAGAUUUCUUAAAGGUAUAAUUUCAUCAUUUUUAGCAUUUGUUUCUUGUUUAACAGAUUCUAAUAUUAUAUUAGCUAAAGUUGCUUUUUGUUGUGUUGAACCAUUUAAGUUAUUCAGGAAAUUUGUUAUUGUAUAAUCAAGUAUUUCUGAUUCAUUUUCUUUAACAGAUUCUGUUAAUAUAAGUUUUAUACCGAAUAUCCAUAACAUAGGUUCUGUAUUUUUUAUUUUCGUAAACUGAAAGAUAAAAAAUAAGUAGCUGCAAUUCAGUAAGAAAACAAGUGUUUUUAUAAAAGAAAAUUAUCUAUUACUUUAAUACUGGCCUCAGUAGUAGGAUGUUCUAAAGUCACUUCUGCUAAAUAUAUAGUACUUCCUAUAAACUCAUCUACUUGCUCUGCGAAUACUGUAGUUGCAUAUUCUCCAUAUUGUUUAAAAAAUUCUAUGACAUAUGCUUCAGAGAGAAUUAUGAUGCGUGAUAUUUUUUGAUUAUUUGUUAAUUUUAUGUCCAAUGUACAUGGUUCUGUCACUUGUUCCGUAGAACGUAAAUAAAUACAUGUAUCCAAGGAAAU